AGAAUGCAUCACUGCGCAGCUGCAGAUGGAAUGUAGCUCGCUAGCCUCGUAUGCUAGCCGCAGCACCACAGUAAAGUUUGACAAACACGUCAUGAGCGGCUCGAACCCGCAGCCAGCGUCGCACUGACGACACAUGCGGUUGACGUUGGAAAGGUGCCGUGUUGACUGCUGAUUGGAAUCCCUAUGUUGGUUCUGUAACUUCAGCACAACUGCUCAGCGUUCAGCGAUGAACAUUGAUGACAAGCUGGAGGGCAUGCUUUUGAAAUAUAGCCCUGUGGGGCUUCAACACCCUUCCAGAGGUUUGGGACCCUCGAGGGUGGAUGGAAGAGGAAGAAGAGGCAGUUUGGAUAUGACUCUUGGGGAGCGCAGCUUGGCGAAUCAUCCACUUUUGGCAGAGGAUGAUGAUGACGAGGAUGAGGAGGAGGAUGAUGACGAUGACCUGGCAGGUGAAGGCCUGACCUCACAUGACCUGAUAUCUCAGGAUGACCUGAUGGUGCAUGAGGAGACGGUCAAAAAUGAUGGACAGGAUGAAGCAGCUUUCUCACAUCGAAUCUCCAAUAAAUUACACUAUACACUCAGUAUGCCGGUAAAUAUAAAGCAGGAGAUGAAAGUGCCAGACUCAUUGAUUCUAAAUAAAAAGGAGAAGAAACCAGGGAGGGACCCAUCUGACUGUCACAAAAAGAAGAAGAGAAAGCAGCGCUCGCCUGCAAAGAUUCUCACUAUAAACGAAGAUGGCUCACUUGGACACCAGAACCCAAAAUCUCAUAUCUGUGAGCACUGCAAUGCAGCUUUUCGGACAAACUACCAUUUGCAGAGACAUGUCUUCAUUCACACGGGUGAAAAGCCUUUCCAGUGCAAUCAAUGCGACAUGCGCUUUAUUCAGAAGUACCUGCUUCAGAGACAUGAGAAGAUCCAUACAGGAGAAAAACCCUUUCGCUGUGAUGAGUGUGGAAUGAAAUUUAUACAGAAGUACCACAUGGAGAGACAUAAGAGGACACACAGUGGAGAAAAGCCUUAUCAGUGUGACUAUUGCCAUCAGUUCUUCUCCAGAACUGACAGAGUACUGAAGCACAGAAGAAUGUGCCAUGAGAAUAAAGACAGGAAGGUGCAGAAAACAGCUGUCAAAGAUAGUCCUCUUCGCACUCCAGAGAACUUGGGCUUCUCUUUUCCUGCUAAGGAUUGCACCCUUCCCAAGAAGAAACGUCAGAAGACCUCUGAUAAAAGUCGGGCCUCAAUCACAAACCCUGCUGUUGAUAAAGUGGUUGAAGCUGAUAUGGAUGAAAAGACGGAAGAUCGACUUGCCAAAAGUGAGUGUCUUCCUCUUUAUGCUGUAGCCACCAAGGUGAAGGAUGAAUAUGUUGUGACCGAUUAUUCUGUGGAGCUCCCUGAUUCCCCACCUGGCAGCAGGCAUCUUGCAGGAGAGGAAUCCAACGAUGAAAUUAUCAGUCCUCCAAAACUAGUCUUAAAGAAAAUUGCUAGCAGAAGAGGUUUCAAACAGCAGGCUCUAGAGCAGUCCCAGAGUCUCUCUCCAUUGUCCUCAUUCGAAGAGAGCAAAGUAACAAGAUACACAUUUGAGAUUGUGGAUAACAAAGGUUUGUUGGAUGUAGAGACCAAUCCUGACAUGGAGUCAGUUGAAGCCCUACAAGUAGGACAAGCGAAACCUACAGGGAGCAGCACAAACUAUGACGACGCCAUGCAGUUUGUCAAGAAAAGGCGAUAUCUUCAGGCAGCUACGGCGAACACUAGUCGAGACUAUGCGCUCAACGUGAGCAGCAUCGUAUCACAGUCAUCUGUCACUCAAGCAUCUGUAGCGACUGUCAUCGAUGAGACCGUUCCUGCCACAAUCCUCUCUGAGACUCAGACGCUAAACGUGGAAAUAAAGUCCAGUAAUGAGAAAAACGUGCUUCCAGAUGAAGUCCUGCAGACGCUUCUUGAUCACUACUCCAAUAAGGCCAAUGGGCAGGCAGAGAUUUCCUUUAGUGUGGCAGACACUGAGGUCACAUCCAGCAUCUCCAUCAACUCUUCUGAUGAGAGUAGCCCCGCGGAAGCUUUGGUAACCAGUUCACAAGCACCUCCGACUGAGAAGGCCAGCCUUUUGCAGGAGUACUCCAAGUUUCUCCAGCAGGCACUGGAAAGGACCAGUCAGAACGACACCUACCUUAACAACCAGAGUCUUACUUUUGUAAAUGACAGUGCCAGUCUCGCUGGUCAGCCUUUGUUCUCCACAGAGAAGCAGUUCACCUCCCCACCCCGGUUCAGACCGACCAUGAACUCUCCAUUAAGAUCCACCUUGGAGAAACCUAACUUUAACCUUUUAGUAGAUACCCAACACUCCUUCUCCUUUUCAGGUGAUGAGACAAACCCUUCCUCAGUUUCACCAACCGAGGACUUCCUCGACCAAGUGACCUCUCCCAAAAAGACUGACCCUCAAAGCAUCAGCCAGACAUUUCAGAUCACUACUUUCGAUCAGAACUUUCGAUCUCAAUUCCCAAGCUCUCGAUCUGGAAUAUCCCCACAGUUUAGCAUUGCCAGUGGACAAGUUACCCUGAGAGGUCAUGGAGGGGCGGACUUCCCAGAGUUCUCUCUGGUUAAUGAAACAAGAACUCAACUAACUUCAUCACCAGAUGCUACAAGCAGCCAAACCUUUGGCUGAACAAAAGCUUUUAACGAUUUGAAGCAUUUAAAAGGCACUUUAUAGUUCUGUCAGUGAAGGCAAUGUGAUCUCUGUGCAAAUACUUAUGAUUUUCCAAUUCAAUCUCUAAACAAUCACGCCUGUGUAAGAAUCAAGGGAGCUGAGUCACGUGCACAUUAAGUUUCAUUAUUCUAAUGUAGAACAUAGAAUAUUCUGUGUCAUUGCAUUAUUUGUAGUGCAUGGACACACUAUGGCUCACCAACUUGGUUAGUCUUUGCGUUCCAGAUAUCAAGCAUUCAGUUUACUACUUUAUGUAGUAGUGUGAAUUUAUUGGGUUAAAGUAUCUUUCCCAAGAGAAAAUUUUAAAGUCCGUGUGAAAUCAAAAUUGACUAUGUUUACUUUGCUAUCUUAAAUUGUUAUAGUUAAUCUGUGCAGGUUAAUCCACUGAAUGUUUUUUGUUUGUUUUGGUAAUCUUUAGUCAAAGUCUGACCAUUUGCUUCUACAUUUGUAGUGGCGAUCCUUCUCUGUUGACGUCAACUUGAUCCAUAGCAAUAUUCUUAACCACGGCCCCUUACUGGUAGGUUGCAAUGAAGUACAUUGCAAAAAUGGAAGUACAUCAACAUACUGGAAUAAAAGUCUCAGCCA